UUGUGUUUCUGUAUAUUUUUUGGUGUCAAAAAGGGUAAGCCAAAGAACAGAAUUUUGACAAGAAGUAGAAGGUGUUUCGAGCCAAUUAGCAAAAAUAAUUUCACUUCGUAUAAUCAAGCAUCAGAGGUACCUAGCAGCCCUGCCAAUGCAAUGGAGUUCUUGAGUCGACCGUGGAGUCCAUCUUCUAGUGAUCUCCUGCAAAUGUUUUCAUCAAGUAAUCUCUUGUUGAAAGACGCGGCAGGCAAAGAGGAUUAUGAAGAACAAGAUGAGGAAAUACUGGACAGUUCAAGCAACAGAGCUUUUACCAAUAAACAGUAUAUUAAGGUGGACUUGCAUCACAUGAAGGGAUGGCUAAAAAGAAAAUCUACGUUUUGGUUGUUUAGAUCAGAUCAAGAGAAGAAAGAGCAACUCCGAUUACAAACAGCAAAACUACAUGCUGUACUUUCUCUCACACAGCUUGCUUCAGGUAUUGCUGGCUUUGCCAGCAAUAGCAGUUCAGAAAAACGAGAAUCACACCAUAUCAAUUAUGAGAGGGAAGGAACAUGGAGCCAUAAUAUGGGUAAUGUAGUUGCUUCAGCUGCUGCUCUGAUGACUACGGUAUGUGCUGAGGCAGCAGAAGCUCUAGGAGCAGGAAGAGCUCAGGUUGCAUCUGCAGUCAAUUCUGGCCUGGCCAUCCAAUCUCCAAUGGAUAUGAUUGCAGUCACAGCAACAGCAGCCACAUGUUUACGAGGAGCUGCAAUUCUUAAAUCGAGAGCCAUAGAGGAUUCCUCUCCUAGGAUCCCAGAGAUGCUCACUGCAGGCACACGACUAUGGAUAAUAAUGCCCUCAGGACAUAAAGAAGACAAAUGGGUGACCCUGCAUUUGAAGCAAAACCAACUGAUACUAAGCCUCAAAAGGAAGUACUUUGGGACUCUAAGAGCUUCAAAAGAAUGUAAUUAUCCAUUCAGUUUCUAUUUAUUACCUCAAAAUUUGAUGCUUCUCUUCUUUUUAGGCUUUAUUAUAAAAGAACUCUUAAUACUAAAAAAAACUUACCGUUGUCCAGACAAGCUGAUCAACAUCAUAAAAGAAUGUCUGGAGGCUCAAGGCAAGUAUUUUGUUAGCUUGAUGACGAACAAUGGAAUCAUCAAGCUUCUUUUCAAAGAUGAAAUGCAAUCAAGCAUCUGGAUAUCUACCAUUUCAGGUGUCUUAAAGAAGCAAAGAUCCUCUUGAGAAAGAGGUCUGAUAUAUUGUACAAAAACGUUAUGUCAUACAGACAAA